AUGGCUACCCAAUCGCUGAGUUCGCUGCUACAGCGGACGUCGAUCGACGAUCACGAGGAAUUCCUUCGCUCAUCCAACGCAGCUUUGGCCAAAUCGAAAUCGGAUAUUCUGGCGCAGCAUGUGAAAGUGGUGGCAUUACUAAAGCUCGACCGCUACGAGGACUGUCUGCGUGUCUUCGAAGAGGGAGGUGAUGCUUUGAAGAAGAGGGCCGCUUUGGAAUACGCUUACGUCCUGUACAAGACCGCGAACCUGGAUGAAGCCAUUGAGGUAGCGUCACAAGUCGUGAACAAUAGAGGUGCUCAUCAUUUGGAGGCUCAAGCUACCUAUCGCGCCGAGAAAUUCCGCCGCGCAGCUGAUCUCUAUGAAGAAUUGACUAAAGACGAGACCGCCCUGGCGAACGAAGAAAACGACUUGCGCAUCAAUGCGUGGGCUGUAGAUGCCCAGUUACAAUGGAAAGGAUACCCCGACUAUGUCCGCCACAACAGGCCCACGAGAGAUGAUCUGGAGGCAUUCGAGACCGUCUACAAUGCGGCCUGUCUUAGUAUCGCCAAGGGCGAAUUCAGUAAGGGAGAAAUGUUGCUCAAGCGGGCAAAAGAACUAUGCCGGACAUCGGAAGACCUUACCCCCGAAGAUAAAGCCGCUGAGCUGCUCCCGAUUGCGGUGCAGCAGCUAUAUGUCUUGAUCCGUCAGGGAAAGUCGGAGGAGGCAGAGUCGGUGCUUGAGGAGAUUUCCGUCAAUGAUAUCUCUGAACUCUCCACCAAGAGAGUCGCCCUGAAUAACAUCACACUUGUCCGCGACACAACGACCAACCCCUACGCUCUCUACAAAUCCUUACAUGCAACCCCCGUCUCGGUUGACAACGAUAAGCUUUUCGAUUACCAGGACAAUAUAGUGACCGGCAAUGUCCACUCGGCGGAUCUUCUCGUCCAGAAAUAUGACGGUAUUAUCCGAUCAACAUCGAAGGCGCUCUCUCAAGCAUCAUAUCCAUCUGCUAAACCAAACGUAAACCUCCUGUCGGUCUACAAUGCGGCUGCUCAUGCACGUGGUCAAACUGGCACACCAGCCUUGAAGGCGAUAUUACCCGCACUUGAAAGGCGGCCGAAGGACAUCGGAUUAGCGCUCACAGCCGUGCAACUCUACGUGACCGAAGGCAACACUACUUCCGCCAUUACCACCCUAGAGAAAUCCCUGCAGCUGCUCGAAGACUCCAUCUCUGAACAGGAGAAGGAGGUCCGCUUCAACCCUGGAUUAUUAGGCAUUCUCGUUUCGCUCUAUAAGCUCGAAGGCCGGAGAGUCCAGAUCAGGUCGGAACUCGCUAAAGCGGCAGCCUAUUGGCAGGAGCAUGUUGAGGCGCCUUCUUCACUUCUUCGUGCGGCCGCAGAGUCUUUGCUGCACUCGUCGGACCGCUCCGAUCUUACAACCGCCGGUGAUUUGUUCAAGUCUCUCUACCAGAAGGACAGCCAAGAUGUUUUCGCCGUCGCCGGUUACGUUGCUUCCCAGGCAACACUGGACCAUGCCAAGGUCGAGUCCCAGGUUGACACUCUCCCUCCAAUUGACGAUCUGAUCUCGGAUGUCGAUGUAAACGCACUUGAAUCAGCCGGCAUAUCCCCUCCUUCCUCCGCAGCCGCGGCAGCCGCAGCGGCCAUCGCUGGGGCUAGGAAGAGGACAUCUAGCGAUAAACAAGGUCGUGCAACUAAGCGGGUGAGAAAGUCGCGUCUGCCCAAGGAUUAUGAUGCUAGCAAGACGCCGGAUCCGGAGCGCUGGUUGCCCCUCCGCGACCGUUCUAGUUACCGGCCCAAGGGCCGAAAAGGCAAGCAACGGGCCGCCGAACGGACGCAGGGAGGUAUUGUCAACGAAAAGGCGGAGGAAUCGCCCGCGCCCGUGGCUCAACAGCAGAAAUCUCAAGGCGGAGGUGCUAACAAGAAAAAGAAGAAGGGAAAGCGGUGAAUCCAUAUGUGAACCGUUGCGUAUCAUAGACAGACCCUGUCUUGCAUAUAAUAUCAAAGUGACAAUGGGUCUCGUUUAAAACUAGAGUUGAUCUCACGUAACAAUUUAGCAAACACCAAUAUAUCCAAAUAAUGUGCUUGUAUACCUCGAUAACCCCCGCCUUUCACGCUAAUAUUUAUGUCAACCACAAGUAGGAAGACAUAUACAAUAACAAGAAUAAACUAGCCAGCUGGCGAAUCUAAUAGCAGAAUUGUUCGAUCAGGCAAAAACACGUCACCAAUUUAGCCAAGGGGUGUUCUAAUGGUCCCACACUGUCGAUCAUAUUGCUCAAAAAUCGUUUGGAACAAU